UAGUGAAUGACCUAGAUAAGAAGUUGUUUGUUUAGGUCAAUACUCGGGAGGAAGAAUGAGCUCCUAUCAAAAGCAGCGUGGAAAGGGUAAACGUGGUGGAGGAGCUGCAAACCAGAAACAAUAUCGCAAUGUGAAAUCAAAUCGCAAUUGCGAACGAUCGUUCGCCCAAAGAGAAAGCGAACUCGCUUCAGAUUCCGACGAUUCUGAAUCAACCACUUCAUCUGAGCAUGAUAUUGAAGGUCACGGGACCCAACCAGAUUUCCCUAUUGCAAUGUGGGAUUUAAAUCACUGUGAUCCAAAGAAAUGUUCCGGUAGGAAGUUAUCUCGUCUGGGGUUAAUUGAGAAUCUUCGAUUAGGGCAGAAAUUUGCAGGACUAACCCUAUCUCCUGUCGGUGUUCACUGUGUUAGCCCAGUUGAUAGAGAAAUACUUCAGUCAUCGGGUUGUGCAGUUAUUGAUUGUUCAUGGGCAAAGUUGGAUGAAACACCAUUUUCGCGAAUGAAAAGUCCUCAUCCUCGUCUUUUGCCUUUUCUUGUAGCAGCUAAUCCAAUAAACUAUGGAAAGCCAUGUAAACUUAGCUGCGUCGAAGCAAUCGCCGCAACCCUGUAUAUAUGUGGAUUCCGUUCUGAAGCUCAAUGGUAUAUGGGAAAGUUCUCCUGGGGCCAUUCGUUCAUAGAGCUUAACGAGACGUUGCUAGAGAGAUAUGCAGCAUGUAAGUCUAGUGAAGAGAUUCUGAAUGUCCAAAACAGUUACAUCAAUGAAGAACAAGUUGCUCGAAGCCAACCGAAAGAUUAUAAGGAAUUUUAUCCAACCAGCAGCAGUUCUGAAGAGGACGAAUGAAUGAUCUAAUUAAAUGAAGCUUACAAAUGUAAAAUAUAUCAUUUCUAAUACCCGUACAGUCGUAAAUAAGUUUGACUAAAAAAGAACCCGAGACACAUUUUAUACUAGUAUUCCAAAUAUCCAGGGGUAUUAGAUAUUGUUUAUUUGUUCUACAGAUAUUUACUGGUAAGAAAAGAAAAAAAACAUUUAAUAAAGAUCUUUACAAAGUAUAA